CGGGAAUCGCGUCGGUCAGUUCAAGUCGUCUUCCCCCUAACCACCUCCAGAUUUUGGCCCUUCUCCUCGGCCCUCUUGCCGUAACCUACCAUAUAUGAUCGGUUCAACCUUGUCUGCUACUCGAUCGAUCGGUAGCUGGCAUACGUGAUCUAUGUUGUUCGACUGACCAACUUUUCUUCUGUCUGCUAUCUGAACAUCCAGACAGGAGCCAUUCUUGGACGCUGAGGUAGCCGGCCCUGCGUUUCUUGGAUCGAAGAUGUUGUGCUGUGCCGGCGAGAAGGAGGAGCCACUCGGCUCGCCUGCCGGCUACCCGGCCACGCCGCCGCCACGAGCACCAGCGCAAGCGAGAGGGCCGAACGCGCCGCGGGCCGGGGUCGGGCCGGCGAAGGUGCUGCCGAUCGACGUGCCGGCCGUCACGCUGGCGGAGCUCAACCGCCUCACGGGCAACUUCGGCGCCCGGUCGCUGGUCGGGGAGGGAUCCUACGGCCGCGUGUACCGCGCGAAGCUUAGCUCAGGCGAGACCGUGGCGGUCAAGAUGUUCGACAACUCCGGCUCCGGGCAGUCGGAGGCCGAGUUCUGCGCGCAGCUAUCGGUGGUGUCGAGGCUGAAGAGCGAGCACUUCACCCAGAUGCUUGGCUACUGCCUGGAGCUCAACAACCGAAUCGUGCUCUACGAGUUCGCCACCAACGGCUCCCUCUACGACAUCCUGCACGGCAAGAAGGGCGUGCAGGGCGCCGAGCCGGGGCCGGCGCUCACCUGGAGCCAGCGCGCCAGGGUGGCGCUCGGCGCCGCCAGGGGCCUCGAGUACCUGCACGAGAAGGUGCAGCCGUCCGUGAUCCACCGCGACGUUCGCUCCAGCAACGUGCUCGUCUUCGACGGCCACGACGGCAAGAUCGCCGACUUCAACCUCACCAACCAGUCCCCCGACACCGCGGCGCGGCUCCACUCCACCAAGGUCCUCGGCACCUUCGGCUACCACGCGCCCGAGUACGCCAUGACGGGGUGCCUCACGCAGAAGAGCGACGUCUACAGCUUCGGGGUCGUCCUCCUCGAGCUCCUCACCGGCAGGAAGCCCGUCGAUCACACCAUGCCCAAGGGCCAACAGAGCCUCGUCACCUGGGCCACUCCGAGGCUGAGCGAGGACAAGGUCAAGCAGUGCAUCGACCCCAAGCUCAACAACGACUACCCACCAAAAGCGGUGGCCAAGCUCGCGGCGGUGGCGGCUCUCUGCGUGCAGUACGAAGCCGAUUUCAGGCCCAACAUGACCAUUGUCGUCAAGGCACUGCAGCCCCUUGUCAAUGCCCGUCCGGCUGGAGAUCACUAGGUAGAGAGAGCCACGACAAUGCUUUCGUCCUAAGCUGCAGCAACUUCAAUUAAUUAUUCUACUUCCAGUAAACCUGAAGCGAGGCGUGUGCCAUACGGUGAUCAGGAAGCUGCGGCUGGAAUGAUCGGUCUAUUUGACCUGACCAAAUGUAAUUUACUCCGCAUUACAUAGCAAGAGUAUAUGUGAAGUGGGUAUUGCUUGUAAAAUCUAUCCAGUUUAGAAGAUCUUCUUGGAUGAACACUUGGAAAAGUGGUUUAUACAUAUUAC